AUGUUCACCACUCGCAUUACACCCUUUAUCUUUCUGCUCGCAUUAUCUUGGCUUGUCACCGCAGCACCAGUCUUUCAGACCGAAAAUCAACGGCUCCCCACCGUGAAGGCAAGAUCCUUCGACCAGUUGGAUGCUGCGUACGGGGUGCGACACCUAGAUGAUAGAGAUGUCGAUUUGCAUGACCAGAAUUGUCUCCAUAAACGAGAGACGGCCGAAAGCUCUUCUUCGCUGAAAAUGGACCCUUCCCCUAACACCCCUAUGCGGGGCUCGUCAAACCAACCCGCCGCCGACACGGCGAUGCACAUUUCCCAUGACACCCUUAUGCCGGGCCCAUCAACCCAACCCGCCGCCAACGCGGUUCCCGAUGGGGUGGCUGGGUUGCAUCAAGCUAUCAGGGCUCUCGGGCCGACCAUGAACGAGGUGUCCAUGCACCCGUCUAAUCCCCAGCGGCUAAACGGGUGUACGGUGUUGAGGCAGAGUGAGCCCUCGUCAUCACAUGAUUUCGGUAGCCCGAGUGUCAAGGCGAACGGCAAUGGCCGACUUACGACAAGAGCGGGCCAAAUUCUUCGGCCAGCGCCGGAUAUCGCUCCGUUCCAGAGGUCGCCAAAAACGCUGGCAAUGGACCUUGCGCACCAGGCUGUGAAGGAGAAGGCGAAAAGGAGGGAGAAGAAGGAGCAGAUAGUGGGGAAGAGGGCUCUGAUGGUAACCAGGUUCAUCCGACGGUUGCAGCGUGCGUUCAGCAGGAAACCACGAGCAAAAGACGUAAAACCUGUGAACCUAAACCGUUUGUCGGACUAG